CCGGCAUCGAGUAGUCGCCGUUUGACCAGUGCACGCGUGGCACGUGACAUAUCGUACUGAAUUACAACGUAAUUGAUACGAUUCUCGAUAAGCGAGGCCUCAUCGUGUCAGUCCGUAUAGUCGCUCGCGCAGUGCUUCCAGCCGCCCCGUUUCUCUUCCUCGCUCUGCCUCUGAUCAGGCUCUGUUCCCGCACGCUGACGCGAACAUGGCGCUGUUCCGUGGUCUGUUUGAUUUCUUUCUGAACGACAAUAAAUUAGACGAGAAACUCGGCCUGACCGAGAAGCAAAAGAGACUGGUGCAGAAUACAUGGGCGAUCGUUCGUAAAAACGAAGAGUCGGUCGGAGUCGCCCUCGUACUCGCCUUUUUCAAACAAUAUCCAGAAAGUCAAAAAGAAUUUAAGUCGUUUAAGGACAUCCCUCUCGAUGAACUGUCGAAAAAUAAAAGGUUUCAAGCGCACUGCAUUAAUAUCGUAGCAACGCUUGGCAAAGUGAUUGAACAAAUGCACGAUCCAGAAUUGAUGGAAGCGAGCUUAAUUAAUUUUACCGAAAAACACAAAGCUCGAGGACAAACACCACAGCAGUUUGAGAAUUUGAAACAGGUGAUACUAGGAGCGUUCCCCUCUUUAUUCGGAAAGCAAUAUACGUCAGAGGUGCAAGAGGCUUGGAAGAAAACCUUGGACUUGAUCUUUUCGAGAAUCUACGAAGUGUACACAAAUUGAGAUGCUCAAACACAAUCGCGAGUUUUUAAUUGUAAAUGAUAAACCUGUGGCACGUAUUAUAUAUCGCUUUUUGAAAAUAAUAUCUAUCGAAAAGUUUAAUCAAUCAUGACGAUAUAUUUUUUGCAAGAUGAUAUUAACGAAACUUAUAUAUAUAAUAUAUAUAUAACUUUUUGCACGA